UGCCCUCAACUUCAAACCAGGAGCUGCUAGGUUUGGCUUGCAAGUAAGAGAAGGAACCUCACUGUUUACUUGCUUAGCCACUUGCCAGACCACACAGUGCUUAGUUACAGAUACAAACAAAGCAAGAGAAAGAAAGGAAGAAAGGGGGAAAGAAAGAGAGAAGACACAAGGUAAGAAAGAGAAAGAGAGAAAAAUCCAAGAAACAGAAGUCCAAUCAAGACCUGAAUAUGUUUAAUGUUAUAUUUACAACUAUUAUGGUCUAAACAACCAUUAUUGGGCAAAAACAUAGAAGACUAGAGACUAUUCUGGAUGUGGCAUCUGUCCAUCUUGUACAGCAGGCAUGAGCAGCUCCUGCGUGACAUUGGCCGAGGUCCUGUGGGCAAAAGGAAGCCCUCUGGAGGAAGAAGAAAUAUGGGCACUCCUGUACCUGUCCACAAUGCAGCUUCUGGAGGAUCUUCACAAAGACCCUGCCAUCUGUGUGAUUUGCCCAUGGUCAGUACUACUGUCUGCUGAAGGAAAUUUGUUUUUCCAAAACAAUGCAUCUCAGACAGAAGCUGCCCCUUUCAGUGCACCAGAAUUGCUCCACCGCCCAAGCAAAAACCAGCACUUUGGACUAACGAAGAUGCUGGUAUAUUCCUUAGGAAUGACCCUCUAUUGGUCAGCUGAUUACCAGGUUCCUCCAAACCAGGCCAGUAACACAAACAUUUUUGUUUUCUUUUAUUCUGGUAGUUUCAAAGAAUGA